AUGGCAAAUUCCAAGUAUGAAUAUGUAAAGGCCUUUGAGCAACCGGAUAUCUUGCUUCCCAACACCUGGAUAGUCGUUCGCAUCGACGGGCGAGGCUUUCACAAAUUCUCAGCAAAAUAUGCCUUUGAGAAGCCGAAUGAUCGACGGGCACUAGAUCUUAUGAAUAUGGCUUCGAAAGCAGUACUGACUGAUCUACCUGACAUUGUUAUUGCGUAUGGCAUUAGUGAUGAGUACAGUUUCGUGUUUCACAAGACCUGUGCUCUUUUUGAGCGACGUGAAAGCAAAAUUGUCAGCACCGUUGUCUCUACUUUCACAGCACACUACAUAUACCACUGGAAUACCUUCUUCCCCGAACAACCACUCACUCUACCACUCCCAAGUUUUGACGGUAGAGCAGUGUUGUAUCCAACUAUUCAGAAUCUACGGGAUUAUAUGAGUUGGAGACAGGUCGAUUGUCACAUCAACAAUUUGUACAACACUACCUUUUGGACGUUAAUUCAGCAAGGGGGGAUGGAGCCACAAGAAGCAGAGAAAGCGCUUGCAGGAACUCUCGCGGCCGAGAAGAACGAGAUCCUAUUCUCUAGAUUCAAUAUCAACUACAACAAUGAAGCAGAAAUCUACAAGAAAGGGAGCAUUGUUCUUCGCGACUACGAAUUGGUUGAGCCAGGAACUUCUCACGAACCACUCGAUGAAAACUCAGCCAAGACGGUUGAGGAGCAACAGUUGUCGAAGACGCAAGAAGAGAAAGACCGCAAGAGAAGAGCCAAGGCAAGAAUCACAGUGCAACACGUAGACAUGAUCAAAGACGAAUUCUGGGAACGAAGACCAUGGUUAUUGUCGAACAAGCCCGGGAAGAUCCCCAAAGAGCCAUAG